CCUUCCGCAGCUGAAAUGGAAGGGAGAGGAAACCCUCAGACACAGUAGACACUUCCAUUUCCAAACCCUUCAAUCCAACAAUUUAUUAAAUACAAGAAAAAUAAUAUAAUAAUAUCUUUUCUUUUAUUUAUUUUGUUUUUCAUAUCUCUGAACACACUCUCUGUCUCUCUCUCUCUGAGGAUUUGGCUCUCGGUUUGCCUUUGGUUUCUAGAUACCAGUUUACCCCAAGUCGUUGUGACAAGAGCGUCAUCUCAAGUCUUAGUUUGUUGACUUGAUUCUUCAAUGGGAGAUGCGGAAAAAGCCCUUCCACCUUCAAAGAAGAGGUCUGCUGGAAGGGAACUCACUAAAGAUAACGCUGGUCUUGAUGAUGAGGAAGAUGUUCCUGAACAAGAGACUGGAACUUUCAAGAGGGCCAGUGAAGAGGUGCUGGCAGCCAGAAGAAUUGUCAAAGUUCGUCGAAAUCAGACAGCAUCAGCCCCAUCUUUCAAUCCAUUCGCUGGAAUUAACUUAGUUACUCCUACAGAGUCCAAUGCGACCUCAGCUGAAGUUACAAAUGAAACACAAGCUGCUGGUGACAAGACGGUUUCAGGUGUAGAUGGAAAAGAUGAGGGCUAUAAGCAGUCAGAGAGCAGAACUGAUGAGGCAGAGGGUGAAUCUGCAGCAGAUGAGGGCAAUAAGCAGUCAGAGAGCAGAACUGAUGAGGCAGAGGGUGAAUCUGCAGCACAUAAGGAGAAUGCCCUGGAGAAGGAGAACAGCAAUAUUGGCAGUGAGGUUACUGAAACUAAGUUCGAUAAUGAACAACCUGCAAAAGAAGAAAAGACUGUUGAUGAAGACAAGCAAGAUAACACAGGAGAAAAUGUUAAUUUAGGUGUGGAAGGUACCCCUUUGAGCUCAUUCCAACAGCUUUCAAGCAGCAAAAAUGCCUUUACUGGUCUUGCUGGUACUGGAAUUUCCACCUCUACAUUUUCCUUUGGGUCUAUUUCAAAUGAUGGGUCUACAGUUGGUACUGCUUCUGCGUCUCUUUUUGGAAUGAAAGAUGACAAGCCUUUUAGUCUCGGUCUCUCUAAUAAUGGAAGUUCUUCAAUUUUUGGCACGUCUGGGGCUUCCACUGUUUCAAAGAGUGAGGGAGCUGGCUUCCCAUCAAUGCAGGAGGUUGUGGUUGAGACUGGGGAAGAAAAUGAGGAAGUGGUUUUCACUGCUGAUUCUGUGUUGUUUGAAUUUGUGGAUGGAGGUUGGAAGGAACGUGGAAAGGGAGAACUUAAGGUGAAUACUACAGCUGGGACGGGAAGGGCCAGAGUUCUUAUGCGAGCCAGAGGAAAUUACAGGUUAAUUUUGAAUGCUAGUCUUUACCCAGACAUGAAGCUCACAAAUAUGGAGAAGAAAGGCAUCACUUUUGCCUGCAUUAAUAGUGGUGGUAGUGAAGGGAAAGAUGGUCUUUCUACAUUUGCAUUGAAGUUCAAGGAUGGCUCUAUAGUGGAGGAGUUUCGAGCUGCCGUUACGGCAAAUCAAGGGAAGUUGUCUACGGUUUUGAGGACUCCAGAAAAUUCCCCCUAGGCUUCGGAUGUUGAAAGGUGCUCCCAGUUGAUGCACAGAAAAUUCUACUCUGUCGUGUGAAGUGUCCUGGUACCUUUUUCUCGCGAGAAGAAAGUAGUUUUAGAGUUCGGAAAACCGCAGAGUUACAGAAUCUGUCCUUUUUGUUGUAGUAGUUUAAUUUCAGUCUAGUCUUGGAGAAAAGACUGUUGAGUUCAUUUUGGGUAAGCCCUGGGUUCAGACUGCAUAAUUGGAGCAUGUAAGACAUUAAUAUUGGCCACAGUUUUUUUUUUUUUUUUUUUUUUAUUUCUUUUUAUUUUAAUAGUUGUCCCCUAAAUCUGGGAUAUAUGUUGAAGUGCAAUGUCAUACAAGCAGAGAAGCUGUUCUGAUGUUGCCUUGAAGAUUGGACUAAUGUGAUGUCAUUGUAUCUCUCGCUUGAGCAGUUGAUGGUUGUUUUCCCUUAUUA